AUGACUCUUCGAACGCGUGUCUCUUCUAGACGAAAAUAUCCUAAGUUCUUCUGUCUCUUACUUCUGUUACUUGUGCCAAUUUGUGUAUUUGGAAUUUAUGUCCAUGGCCAAAAGGUUGCCUAUUUCUUCCGACCGCUAUGGGACAACCCGCCUGCCCCCUUCACAACUAUACCUCACUUUUACGCCGAAAAUGUCUCUAUGGAUCACCUCUGCCAACUUCAUGGUUGGUCACUUCGUUCCCAACCCCGCCGCAUUUUCGAUGCAAUUAUCUUCAGUAAUGAGUUAGACUUGUUAGAGAUUCGAUGGCAUGAACUUUAUCCGUAUGUGUAUAAAUUCGUGAUCCUCGAGUCCAGUACCACGUUCACAGGCAUUCCAAAGCCUCUUUUCUUUGCCAAAAACAAGGAAAGAUUUGCGUUUGCUAAACAGAAAGUUGUCCACGACUCGUAUCCCGGUCGAAUUGCAGUCCGUGGAUCAAACGAGGACCCGUUUGUGCUCGAGUCAAAACAACGCGGAGCCAUGAAUACAUUGUUACGCCGUGCAGGGGUUUCCAAUGACGACAUUCUUCUCAUGACGGAUACAGACGAGAUUCCGAGUCCUCAUACUUUGAAACUUCUUCAAUGGUGCGAUGGGAUUCCUCCUAUAAUGCAUCUUGAAUUGAGAAACUACAUGUACUCGUUCGAGUUUCCCGUGGACUACAGCAGCUGGCGAGCCAGCGCCCACGUCUAUGGUCCUCGGUCAUAUUAUCGGCACUCACGCCAAACGAAUGCUAUAUUAUCAGACGCGGGAUGGCAUUGUAGCUUUUGCUUUCGGUAUAUCUCAGAGUUUGUCUUCAAAAUGACGGCUUAUAGUCACGCAGACCGUGUCAAACGGAAAUCUUUCCUUAGUCAUUCAAGAAUUCAGGAACUUAUUUGCAAAGGAAAUGAUCUUUUCGAUAUGCUACCAGAAGAAUACUCGUUCCAGGAGUUGAUUAAAAAGUUAGGACCGAUACCUCGUUCGGCUUCUGCGGUUAAUCUUCCAGCUUACUUGAUAGAAAAUGCAGAUAAAUUUAAGUUCCUUCUUCCUGGAGGUUGCUUAAGAACACCAGAAUGA